AUGUCUCAAGAACAAGAGGGUUCCUCCUCACUACAUUUUCUCUCCACACAGAUCCAAUCCAGAUACGAUGACGAUAUCGAAUGCGACCGAAAGACUUCACUUCUACAGAGAUUCAAGAACCCCACUUCAACCUUUGAGCCACCACCACAGAAAAUCACGAAAAAAGUGAAAAGAAGCAGGAAAUCCUCCAAGAAAUCUGCAGCUAGCAGCAAGAGGGCCACCAGUUUGAGCGCUUUUGUUCGAGAAACAAUUGGAAAUCGCAACAAAGGCAAUACUCAAAGUAUUCUCGACUUCUUCUCUGGUGACAAGGACAAAGCCGAAGACUUUCUAGGUCGUAUUGAAGCUGCUACUUCCAAGCCCCACCCCCUAUCCAAAUCCGGGAGCUCUCCGCUUUUUUCGGAGUCAGAAUGGCGCAGUUUUCUAGAUUCUGUCAAGUUGAAGUUUCCCAGUCUUUCUAGGACAAACCAUAAGACCUUGAAGAUGCUUACGCGAAGAAUUCAUGAAAUGAGACAGAAUGAAACUGUCUCCAACUCUCAAAGCACACAAGAUCUGGAUAUGUGGUCUCAGGCUUCCAGGCAACCCAGUGAUCAACUAUCCGCCGAAGAUAUGAAAUGGCUAUACGAUCUUGAUGAAGAACAGGUUGCCAACGAUGUUAGCGAGAUAUAUGAGGAUGAGGAUGACCAGGGAAAGGCGUUUUUCGUGACGCUUUCCCAGGUUUUAGAUGGAGAUAAAGAAUACGAAGACGAAGACGAAGUAUAUGACGAAGAGUAUGACCAUGAUCACAUUUAUCCAGAGCAGUUGGCUCUGGUUCCCGAUUCCGAGUCCGAACCAGAAGAGUUGGAUCCUGAAGAAUAUUCUAGACUUGAGCUUACGCAGAGCCAGCAUGGUGACAACUCAGGCCGAGUAGUCCAGGUGCUGUCUCUGCCUCAGAUAUCUCCCCCAACUAAGCCUGAUCAUACUCAAAUAGGCACACAAAUUCCCUCUCAUCAGGUACCAGAAUCGCUAGAUAUCCUUACUAGCAUAUCUUUUCCACCAACAUGCAAAAAAGAGAUGAAAGCCACUAGCAAAGAGACGGAGAUCUUCUCCUCGCCGCCGAAACUGGCCGAAUUCAAGACGCCUCAAAAUUGGGCUAAUAACUUAGCCAUUACUUCGUCUCCGGCAACAAUCAAUGAGUCUCCAAGGAACCAGAAAUCACAAAUUGACUCCGAAUUCCUCUCUCCUGUGAAAUAUUCACCUGAAGAGUUCCUGACGGCCCCUACAGGAUUGGAGGUGGAGAUCACAUCGUCUCCCAAAUCCCCAUCGCCAGGUGAAAGGUAUGUUGAUGUUGGUACGCCUACACGAACUAAUGAAACUGUGGAUGUCUCGAUUGAAUAUCAGCAUUUUGGUUCUGAAAUAUCUCCAGUGGUUCCUGAAUCCCUAGAAAACUCCAAAUAUGCUGAAGUUUCUGACCAAGAAGUUGACCACCAUACUCCGGAAGUCUCCCCAGUAUCUCCAGAAAGAUUGUCUACACCCACUCCAGUUAAGGCUCAUGGACCUACCAGUCUCCUGUCGCCUACUCAAGACUCCGAUUUCUCACUCAUAUCACCUAUAAAGCGCAAAUCAUACAUCACUUCUAGCAUGCAAGUAUAUGGGAAGGUGGAGUUUCAGACUCAGACAUCUAGAUUGCGGCUAACUACUGUUCCAGAUGUUUCGCUGGAUGAUGUCAUUCCAGAUUCAGAAGAUGAAGAGGGAGAAGUAAGUAUCAUUGAGAUAUCAAGACAAGUUCCAGAUUUACACAGACAGACGUCGAUCUUACAGGUGCCAUCAAGUCCAUGA